CUCCAUGGCCGCUGCUGUGCGCUCUCUCCCCGGACGCUGCUCCUCUGGCUCCCGUUAUGAUCCGAUCUGCCCCCUGUCCCGCUGCCUUCUCCCGUCUCUGCAACGAUCUGUGCACUUGACCCGCUUCAUCGGACCUUUUCCCUCUCUUUUCCUCCACAUGAUGCAGCGAUGAAAACCCCGUCUCUUCUCUCCUCCUGGUGACUUCAGAACUCACCUUUAUUCGUUGGAUUAUUCUCUUUCUCUCCUCCGUCACCGUCAGCCAUGUUGGACUAAGAGAAACUGUCCGAUCACUGUGGAUAAAACACUCCAGUUUUUGGAAUUCCCGCCUGGCAUGUUACGAUGAUGAACUGAGAGCACACGCAGUCCACACCGAGAGAGCAGAGAGUGUUGAAGUGGAGAGUGUUGAAGUGAAUUUUAACGUUUGUUUGGGCUUGGCGCUGGACCAAAGAUGACCAGUCUGUUCAGGAGGAGCAGCAGCAAUGGAGGGUCCAGAGGAGGAGCCCAUCUCAACAACAGCCGGCCCAACAGACAGGUGCGUCGUCUGGAGUUUAACCAGGCCAUGGAGGACUUCAAGACCAUGUUCCCCACCAUGGACUACGAGGUGAUUGAGUGCGUCCUCAGGUCCAACAACGGGGCCGUGGACGCCACCAUCGACCAGCUGCUGCAGAUGAGCCUGGACGGACAGGGCUCGGACGACAGCUCCGACUCCGACGACAGCAUCCCGCAAGAGAUCCUGGAGCGCACCCUGGAGCCGGACAGCUCGGACGAAGAGCCGCCCCCCGUUUACUCCCCCCCGGCCUACGACAUGCACAUCUACGACAGGAAGUACCCCGAGGCCCCGCCCACACCGCCGCCCAGGUUCGAAGCCCAGCCGCCUCCAGGUCACCAGAAAGUCCGGAGUUACAAAAAUUGGAAUCCUCCGUUACUCGGAAAUCUCCCUGAUGACUUCCUGAGAAUCCUCCCGCAGCAGCUUGACAGCAUCAAGAGUUCUCAGAGCAGCCUGUCGCAGCCCUCUUCCUCCUCCUCGUCCUCAGUGUCUUCAGCGGGGCAGUGGACGGCGCCCCCCGGCUCUGCGCCCGGUACCGCAGGCUCAAACGGACUCUCGGCUCACAGUACGGGGCCCUCUGAACAGGACAAGAAGCUGAAGCAGUACCUGGAAGACGAACGCAUCGCGCUUUUCCUCCAAAACGAAGAGUUCAUGAGGGAGCUGCAGAGGAACAGGGAGUUUCUCAUUGCCUUAGAGCGAGAUCGGUUGAAGUUUGAAUCAAAGAAAUCUCGGUCUCAUUCAUCUAGUGUGGACAGCUCAGGGGAACAUUACUCGGCUGCUUCGAUGGAGGCCGUUUCCGACGACGCUCUCUUCAGGGACAAACUCAAACACAUGGGCAAAUCGACCAGGAAGAAACUUUUCGAAAUCGCCCGAACGUUUUCAGAAAAAACGAAGAGAAGAAAAUCAAAACGGAGAGCGCUCCUGAAACACCACUCACUGGGCACGGCCAACUCCACAGCAAACCUCCUCGACGAUGUGGACUCCAACCCCUGUGAAGAGGGCGCUCAAUCAAGACGAGCUGCAACUCAGGAAGAGACAGAGCCACGCGCCGAGCCGGAAUCAUGAUCUUCUUGCUUCAGCAUAUCAGCGUUAUGGACUGACGCCGCGAGGAUCCAUCGGGCUGUGUCUGAAUCCACUGCACAAUCGCUGUUUCAAGGGGUUGGUCUCUAUAAGGCCAAAAAAAGAGAAUAGAAAAACCUAGAACAAAAAUAUUUACCGUAUUUGGUCUUCUGAUAUUUUAUGUUAUUAGGGUCUUUUUUCAGACCUUGAGUUUUGUUUCGUACCUGACAGUUUGGACUGCUCACUAGCGUCUUCCUCAGAGUGGUCACGUGAUGUUGCUGUGACUUGUCUGGUCAGCUGAUUUAAACAGGUUUUGCAGUCUGACCUGCAGUCCGACUUCCUCAGGACAGUAUCCCAGGUGUAUGAGAGUAAAAAAGCCCCCUUGUCCCGGUUUAUCGUCCCGUAGGCACGUUUCUAUAUUUCAAUUGCCUCUUUAAUCCAGCGGCGAUGUUUGUUUUCCUCUGUCCCAAUGAUGUUUGAUCCAUCCCAGUCCAUAAUGUGGUUCUCUCUUUUACAGUGGUCAGAAAUGGACGAUUUGAGUUGUUCCUGUUCUGCUUUGUGUUUUGUUGCUCGUGUUUCGCCUUUGCUGUUUCCUUCUCGCGUUCUGUUCUAUGUUCCUUUUUUCGUAUGAAACAAAACUCUAACACAUAUUUACCGUAUUUUCUGGACUAUAAGUUGCACCAGCCAAAAAAAUGCAAAAUCAAGAAGAAAAAACAUAAGUCGCACCGGACUAUAAGUCACAUUUUCGUAAAAUCAGGGACCAAGAACAGACAUUUCAUCUUAAAAGUCAAGUUCUAGUAAUAACAAUAGAACAGAGAACAACAGACUGUUAACGUCACAUAAAUCACGCAAAUCACUAAAUUCGUUCAAUUCUUCACUCUCGGGGUCACUUCUGAGUAGUCUCCACCAACUCAAGCUAAAUCUCGCUUUUAGUUCGAGUUUCCUCCACUUUUCUCCAGUCCCUCACAAGUUUCACGCUCACUCCAAACUUUCUUUCUGCUGCUCGAUUACCGUUUUCAGCUGGAGAUUUCACUCCUUGCAGCAGGACAGAGUCUCUUUCUGCAGGAGACAUGUGCAGUAGAGUGAGGUGACAGUGGUAUAGGAGGAACAGGAGCAUCAGAUACUGACACACAAGACUAGAGCGCCCUCUUGUGGCCGUCAACGUGAAAAUAAUGAACACGUGAGAUGAUAUACUCAGGUGGGUGUUUCCUGUGAUUUACAUUUUAAUACAGAAGUCGCAGGACCACCCAAACCAUGAAAAAAAGUGCAACUUAUAGUUCGAAAAAUACGGUAAUAAAAAAAUCCUUUUUCGUUUUUUCCUGUGGAUUAGUACAGACAAAAUUCUAGUGCGUUCUUUUAGACAGUGUAAAAGCCAGAUGCCCUGUCUGACACUAAACAUUUCCAAAGUAAUGAAUAAGCCACAGUUGCCCUGGGGCAGACUGACAGAAGCGUGGUUGCCAAUUCUUCACACAGAAUUUGGCUGGAGUUGCAAGUAAUGUUCCCCCUCUAGCCAUUUAGGUAACUGCUGUAUCCGUUUGUUUCUGAGUAAUAAAAAAGUUCAAAACUAGUUCGAAACUAAAUAUUUUAUCUUCUGAAUGGUGAAAAGUACUCAAAAUGGCGCCUAUAAACCUGUAACUGAACCGUGAAGUUGCGCGAGGUUCCAGAUUUUGAUUUUGAUCACACAUGAAACUUGAACACUUUACGCAAAUAAGCUGUCUUUUUUUUUUCUAAUUUUAGUGACAAAACCUUUCUCAAAUUCACCAUUGAAAUGUUUGAUAAACUUGUAACUGAAACCCAUGAUUUGGUUUACUGUGUGCAUCCUUUCUAUUUGUCUGACAUAGGACUGGAACAGGAAUUAAAGCAGACACCAUUGAGCCCUGACAUUCGAAAAACAUUUGAUUAAUUAACUUAAAUAUGACAUAAUUCUACCCUUAAAUAAUUGAACAGCUUUACGAUUGUGAGUGGAUUCAGAAAACCACAACCUGCCCGAUCGCACCGGACGGGACGUUUUCCAGGGGCGAUCGGUUGACCCCCCUCCCCUCCUGAAGGUUAUCCCCGGCAACGGACCACCAGCGUUACCGUGGCGACAGGCGACGAUGUGCGUUGCCGUGGCGACAGACGGGAGCGGCGCCGCUUCCUGUCUCUCCGAAAUCCUGAUCCAAAACCAGCCAAAUGAGUUGGGAGCGUGCAAGGACCGGACUGAUCCCUGAUGGGUAUAUAAACGAUAUCUCUGUACUAUAUUAGUCUGUUAUAUAUGAUUUUAAUGUAAAGGAAACGCAGUAUUACCAGUAUUUCUUAGUAAAGGGUUCCUACAUGUUUGUUUUGUAGUCCUGAGAUUUGACCCUAGGAGGCCACUGUAGUUGUAAAAAGCAAUAGACUGGUGUUUAGUUGAGAUAUACGGCAGAGAAUGCAGCAGACAGACUGGAGGAACAGACACGAACUAUUAUAUAUAAAAAAUAAUAAUAAUUGAGGAAAAUGUUACUUGAGAUUUACUCAGUUAGGUUACCUUAAAGUACUACAAUCUUGGAACUGAACCUGUGUCCCCAGAACCUAGUCCUGCUUUAGUCCUGCUUUAGUCCUGGUUUAGUUCCUGCUUUAGUCCUGGUUUAGUCCUGGUUUAAACCUGGUUUACCUGUAGUUUAUAUCUGGUUAAAUCCUGAGUUAUAGACUUGAUGUAGUCCUCGUUUAGACCUAGUUUAGACCUGGUUUAAAUCUGGUUAAAUCCUGGGUUUAGUCCUGGUUUAGUCCUGGUUUAGUCCUGGUUUAGUCCUGGGUUUAGUCCUGGGUUAGUCCUGGGUUUAGUCCUGGGUUUAGUCCUGGGUUAGUCCUGGGUUUAGUCCUGGGUUAGUCUUCGGUUGUACCUACAUUAGACCCAUAGACUAUACAUACAGUGUAUGGUUUGACCAGGUUUAGUCCCAGGUAGACCAGGUUUAGUCCUACUCUUGGAACUGAACCUGAGUCCCCCCGAGGACAUGUACAAGUGUUUCAAAUGAAAAACUCUAAUCAUCUACAAUGUUUUUGAAGCUAUUACAGGUGUUAUAAAAUAAAGUCAAAUCAAUAUUGGAAUUAAACAUGUUACCUCAUAUCUUGUUUGACAUGUUUAGAUAAUGAAAUGAAAAAAAAAAGUUCUGUCUUCACAAAGUGAGCAAAUUGACACAUUUUUAUGUCCUAAAGCAAAAUAUGGAACAAAUUGUAUAAUGCAACUGUUGAAUUCAUAGUUUAACCUAAAUAGCUCUGCUCGUGUGACUGUCUGCUCCUCCAAAAUGAAUAAAUGAGUAACAUACAAAGCGAUAACCACCGUCAAAUCCCAGACUAUCACUUUAACAGAAAUGAUCGGAUCUCAUUUCACUGUGUGUGGGAACCCUGUACUAGCCUCCUCCUGUCUCCUCUACGGGGACUUUAGCUGUAUAUUCAGAACUUGCCAUUAAAAAACAACUUUCUUAUUACUUUUUCCAACGGUGUACAGUAGCUUACAGACUCCAGUCUUUAUAAUAGAGGUCCUUCAGGCCUGAGAAAAUAACAAAUAUUUUACAUUUUUUAAAGCUGUUUUCUCAUGAAUAUCGCUCAGUACGUGGCCAUAUCGUACAGAUGUUGUUCGUCUCUACACUCGUCCGUAUCCUGCGUUCAGACGGCAACGCUCAACAGUUUUUAAAUUGCUCGUACUUUUUAAUUAGAAGGAAUCUCCUCCAUCCUUGAACCAAAAAGUCACACCAUUAUUCAUGAAUCCUAACAACUAAUCCAUUACUGACAUCUAGUGGCAAACAUUUGUACCUCGCAUUAGUGAAAAUUAUUAUUAUUUUUUUUACAUUGAGUCCUGAAUAUGUUUUUAUAUUAAUUAUUUAUUUGUAAAUUUUUUUGUGUUUCUGGAUGUUUUCUUAUCUACAUCCACUUUAUUUCUUUAGCACAUUUUGCAAACAAAGCAGUUUCCAAAGGCAGAGAGAUCAUAAAAUGAAGACAACCAAAAGGUAAAUUGAUAAAACAUUUGUCAUACCAGUCCUAAAACAAUAAAAAACAGUCAAAUCAAAAUAAAAGCAAGACCAUAAAUAUCAUAAAAUAGCAGUAAAUAAAGUAAGUAAAAUGAAUAAAAGACACAGAGAAGCACACAACUCAGGCGGUGUCAAAAGCCGGAGAAUAAAAGUGGUUUUUAAGACGAGACUUAAAACUCUCCACUGUCGGGGCUGUUGGGACGUGGGGGGGCAGAGUGUUCCAGAGUUUGGGGCCAACCGCAGAGAAGGCCCUGUCCCCCUUGGUUUAAAGUCUCGUCUUAGGCACCACGAGCUGGAACUGGACCUCGGACCUCAGAGCGCACGGUGGAAAAAAUCUGGAUGAGGUCCGAGAUGUAUAAAAAACACCCCCCAAAAAAAUGUAAUUCUUUAGUUAGCGUAUUUUUCAGACUAUAAGUCACUCCGGAGUAUAAGUCGCACCAGCCAAAAAUACUGGAGAAGAAAAAACAUAUAUAAGUCACACCGGACUAUAAGUCGCACUUUUUGGGGCAAAUUUAUUUUAUAGAAUCAGAGACCAGGAACUGACAUUUCAUCUUGAAAGUCAGGUUCUAGUAUUGACAAUAGAAGAGAGAACAACAGAUGUUAACGUCACAUAUGAACAGUUCUUCAGAUAAACUAUAACAUAAACAACAGAACAGAACAAGUUUACCAAACUCUCCAUCUCACUCCAAAUCACUAAAUCCAUUCAAUUCUUCAUCCUCGGUGUCACUUCUGAACAACUCCUCGACCUCCGGAGGUAAACAGAGCGCCGCUUCCUCUUCUGUGUCGCUGUUUUCAGACUCAGCAUCAGUUCCAGUUAGAAUUAUUCGGGUCUUUCUGAAUCCCGACAGGAUGGUUUCGGUGUCACUGAAGUCCAGACUUUGUCGAUCCGUUCAAUGACUUCGGUGCACCCUCCCGGUUACCGUGAAACUGUCCAUCCCCACUUUCCGCCAGUCCCUCACAAGUCACUCCAAACUUUCUUUCUGCUGCUUCAUUACCGUUUUCAGCUCAGAUUUCAGGAGACAUGCGCAGUAGAGUGAAGUGACAGUGGUACAGGAGGAACAGGAGCAGCAGAUAUUGACACACAAGACUAGAACCUCUCACAGCUGUCACCGUGAAUAUUUUAAUAUAUAAGUCGCAGGAACCACUCAAACCAUGAAAAAAAGUGUGACUUAUAGUCCAAAAAAUACUGUAAUUCAGUUAGUUAUUAUGUAGUUAGUUAUUUUCAGUCAGAUGAGCCCCUAAGCCUCUUUCUUGCCAUUCCAAAAAUAUAGUAAAAAAAUAAUAUAAAGACAAUUUUGACGAGUAUACGCCUCAAAAACAAUAAAUUAACCGUUAACAGUUGGAUUUAUCACAUGGGGUCACGUGCUGUAACAAAAAAAAAGACAACACAGCAACAGCGCCGAAAAACAUCAACUAUUGAUCAAAAAUAAAUUUUAAAAAAUAAUCACCACUCUGUUAGUAAUUAUAUAAGACCUAAAGCAUCGAAAAAAUCUACAAAUUACACCACUGAAGUCAUUUUGUGUUAAAGCUGCACUGUGUAACUUUUUGGUUGGGGCUCCAUCACCUGCUUGUUUCUAUGGAGAUGUCAUCGCUCUGCCUGGAAUGUUCCGCAGUGUGACAUUAAACGGCUUCACUUUACAUUUAUUCAGUUACAGCUGGUUUUAUAGCUCAAAAAUCCCUAGAAAAACAACAUUCUGACUGUGAGCGAGGUCGCUUUUCCGCAGAUCUGACCUGUAACUUGGCCUGGUUUGGUCUCCGUGAAGGUAGAAAGGGUUUUGACGGGCCAUCCAUCAGAAAAGUUACACACAGUGCACCUUUAAAGAAUGCAUAGUUGUGUUUCCGUUUGCAUUCAUCGAUGAUUCAGGAUUUUCCACAUUUUCUCUUUCUUGCCGUCUGAACGCAGCCUCUGCUAAAACCCUUUUUCAAAUGCCAGUGAUUUUUACUGUGAACCAGAAUUCAAGAAAAGUGGGGAGAACUCAAGAGUGUCUGAGUAUUUCUGUCCGAAUCCACGAACUUUUGGUGCUUUUUCUACGUUUUCAUUUAGUUUUGCAUGACUGUAGGAACCAGAAAGGCUUUAUAAUCUAACAGAGAUCAAAACAAAUGUUAUUGUCGUAAUUAAGUUUGCCAUGACAAUUUGAAUGAAAAUCUUAAAUGAAUUAAUCAGUUUGAAAAAAAAAAUGGGCCCUUUAAUGUUGCAUGUACUUUGUAUCAGCCCUGGUUUAUGUACUUAAAGUUAUAAUCUGUUUAUUUGUAUUGUUUAGGACGAGGUCGGUAUGAGUGACAGCAAUUGAUCCAAAUGCUCCAUGCGCAAAUUAGUUUCAUAGAACCCUACAUUGAACAUUAAAACGCAGAUCUGACCUGUAACUUGGCCUGGUUCUGUCACCUGCUGCUUGUCUCUGUGGAGUUUAAUGCCAUACUUUAUAAAACAUGCCGGGCAAUUUGUAAUUUCACAUUGUAAUUUCCACAUAUAAAGGUUUAUUUAGGGAUGCACCGAUCCAGCUUUUUCGGAUCCGAUACUGAUACUGAUAUUAUAGCUUUAAGUCUCUGCCGAUACCUGAUAUUAGGACUGUCGCAGUUCAAAAAUUUCCCUCGCUGUAACUUUAAGUACCUCUGCAUAGCGGUGUGCGGUGUGUGGCGUGUGCGGUACAGUACAGAAGCAAAUAAUACAUGUACACUGGGGAUGUACUUGAAAAAUAUCUAAAAUAAAACCACAGCCAGGCGUAAGUAACAGACACGUGCAUGUGCCGUUACGAGAAUAUAAUAUUAGGAUCCUUGAGUAACACGUAAAGGCCGUACACCCACGGUAACGCCCCACAGAGGUGCUGACAGGGGGCGCUGUAUACUCUGUGCGUACCUUGAAUGUUCCCAUUGAAUCUAAAUGAAAGUCCCAAAUUAGGCUUGGAGGAAUGCCAUAGUGAUUAAUGACCAAACUGUUCACAAAACCUGUGGUUUAACUGGGUUAACUGUUAACUUUUGUAUUUGGAUGUGUUACUUGCACAGAGAUGACAGCUUUAGUCCCUAUGCAAUUAUCGCCAAAUGAAAAGAGUGAGAGAUGGGAAAAAGGCGUCCGGUGUCCUGAGCACAUGGAGCACACAUGUUAUGAAUAGUUUUAUAUCCAGUGUUGGGAAGGUGACUUUUAAAAUGUAUUCUCCUACAGAUUACAGAUUACAUACCUCAAAAUGUAGUUUGUAACAGAAUCCAUUAAGUUACUUAAAGUGAAUAACGUAAUCUGAAUACUUUGCAUUACUUGAUAUUGUCAUGUUUUUUAAAAAUACAUGAAUGUAACAACUGCAUCCUGAAAAUUCUUGUUUGUUCUCUUCAAAUUGUCUGUUGAGCCCAAGUCUCCAUGAACAGACUUUUGUUUGUUGUAGAGAAGCAAAGACGAGGAUAUUUUAACAUAAGAAGUUUUGUCUGUUAAAAGACAAGAAAAAGACCAGUCUUUACUGAACCAUAUUAAAAUUGAUAGAGAAAUGAUUUGUAUAUGAGAUCACUGCUGCUUUAAAUUAUGUCCACCUACUGUUAGUGUCAUACUGUUUAUAAAAAAAAAAAAAAAUCCCUUUCAAUACAAACAUAAAGGCACUAGCCCAGUAAAACUCAGUAAUAUUUGAUGUUUUUUACUCAAAAUGAUGCAGAAUCAGAUUAUUGACAACGACGAUUAUUAACAACCUCGUCCAUUGUGAGACUGACACCACCAACGUUAACAAGAUGUUUAUGUUGCUCUUAUUGCGUGCGGUCUGUUUGGGUUUCUCACAAUGAGUGGAAUUACUGAAAAAAAAAAAAAAGUGAAAACAGAAAAUACCGCCAUGUAAUCCAUUUAUUUCAACAAAGUAACUGUAAUCCAGUUACCGCUCACUGAAACAGUUACUGUACCUGAAUACAGAUACUCAUAAUUUGUACUCUGAUUACGUAAUGCUGGUACAUGUAAUCUGUUACUCCCCAACACUGUUUAUAGCUGCUCAGUGAAACUACACAAGCGAUGCUCCAGCGUGAACGAGACAUGUCACGAAUCAUACACACGAACACGGUGCAAAGACAAAGCUCCUCACCUGGACGGAGACAUCCAGAACACGUACACGCUGCGUCAGGUGCUCCUCGCUCCAUGAUCCAUGUGCUUCAGUCCCAAACUCCUCUAAAAGCUUCUAUGUGUGGUGUGUCCAAUGGGUAAAAUGUAUAUUGACAUUAUGGGCCAAAUAUGAUCUUCAAACGUCUUAUUACAGAAAUGUAUUUGUCCAAUCAGGAUGUCAGCUGAACUGAUCACAUCCAGCUAAUUUUUCAGUAUCUGUGCUGAUAUCUGAUUCAAAGGAUCGGUGCAUCCCUAAUUUAUCUUAUCCUGAUCUAUUUAACAUCUCCAUGGAGAAUACACUCCACCUGAAAAGUUACAUAGUGCACCUUUAAAGCAAUAUGAAGCUUUUAAGAGUGAAGAACAAUAUUGUAAGACUUGCUUUGUCAUAUUUCCAGUAAUGCUUAUCUGACUGUCCCAUGUUGAACUGAUGGGAAAGAGAGUGUUCCUUGUAAUUGUCCACUGUCCUAUUUUACAUAAUGGCCCAUUCACACCUUCUGGUAACAGGAUUUACCAACACUCUUCAAAAAGACUUACUGUGGCGGAACUUCUGUAACUUUUCCUUUCUACACAUGGUUUGAAAAGUGAAUUCCCUUUAGUUUAAAGAUUCUUGAACAAGUUUUGUCCUGAAGACUGUUGAAAUGAAACUUGAUUUGAGCUCAGGGAGAUUUUGUCCCUUUUUUUAAACAACUAAUCUUCCGUGUACAUAGCAGCAGCAGCAGCAGCGAUGUAGGAACUAACUAUGAAGUAAUGUAACGUAUUUAACAUUUCAUUGUGUUCUUAAGGUGCACAGUGUCAAAGAACAACAUCCAAGUGUCCACUGCCAUUUUAUGAAUAAGUGCACAGAUUUGAUCACCUAUAAUAACAUCAUAACCACACAGACUUCAGUUAGACCUGCUUUAGUGCUGGUUUAGACCUGGUUUACCCCUAGUAUAGUUCUGGUUAAAUCCUGGAUUUUAGACUUAGUUUAGACUUGGUUUAGACCUGGUUUAGACCUGGUUUAGACCUGGUUUAGAUCUGGUAUAGAUCUGUUUAAAUCCUGAUUUAUAGACUUGGUUUAGUCCUUGGUUAGACCUGGUUUGGACCUGGUUUAGAUGUGGUUUAAUCCUGGUUUAUAGACUUGGGUUAUUCUUGGUUUAGUCCUGGUUUAGACCUGGUUUAGUUCUGAUUAAAUCCUGGAUUAUAGACUUGGUUUAGUCCUUGGUUAGACCUGGUUUGGACCUGGUUUAGAUCUGGUUUAAUCCUGGUUUAUAUACUUGGUUUAGUCCUGGUUUACACCUAGUAUAGAUUUGGUUAAAUCCUGGGUUAUAGACUUGGUUUAUUCCUGGUUUGGACCUGGUUUAGAUCUGUUUUAGUGCUGGUUUAGUCCUGGUUUACCCCUAGUAUAAAUCUGGUUAAAUCCUGGGUUAUAGACUUGGUUUAGUCUUGGAUUUAGUCCUGGGUUAGUCCUGGGUUAGUCCUGGGUUAGUCCUGGGUUGUACCUGCGUUAGACCCAUAGACUACAUAGAUCCAGUGUAUAGUUAGACCAAGUUUAGUCCCGGGUAAGACCAGGUUUAGUCCUGGCUUAGACCUGGUUCUGUGUUGGUUUAGUGCAGCUUCAUACGGGUGGAUCUUUGUGCACAGUAUAGUUCAUUGUGUAAUAUUAUUUUCACACAGGCUGUCAUCAUUUAGAUUGUGUUUGCCCGUGGGGUCCAUUGUCCACUUUAUUAGACUCCAUUUUUGUUUCUGAAGAACAUAUUUGUAAUUUGGCAUUAUUUAAAACCAUCUUAGUAACUCAAACGCACAUUUUAUACUAUUUUGCUUUCAUUGUAAUUUGCUCUUAUAUGCAGUUGUCAUGAUGAUUAUGAUUUUUUUUGUUUUGUUUGUUUUACCAUCUACUUAUUGACUAUUUAGUAAAGUGUACCUAAUGAAACGGACAAGAGACUAUUGAUGUAGCAAUGCUGUAUUCUUCUCUGUAUGUUAAUAUGAAUAAUACUGAGUUUAAGUGUGAUCGGUUCUUCUCUUGGAAAGAAUGUCGGCCUUUGCCAUACCCACACCACGUCCACGGUUUCACAAAAUCAAAGCCAAAACCAACUAAAAACAUUGUUAUCGUUUCCAUUCUGUGUCCAAACAUGAAAGUGCGGUUCUCCCCACAGCGAAAUGGUUGUGUGUAGUUUGUUGAAAAGCUCUCUUGUGUUGUAUCUUCUUUUUUUUCUUUGUGAAUUAUAUUUGUAAAAAAAAUAUUAACAUGACAAUUAAAGGUUUUUCUAUAAACUGUAAAA